CAUCAGUUCAUUGUUGCAACUAAUUAUACGUAGACAGCUAUGAAUGCUAUUUAUGCUAAUGAGCGCCCCUAAAUUCUACACACUGUAGCUUUAAGGGUUUUUGUUCCCCCUGCAGCCUGUUUAUUUUUAGGUUUGACAGAAGGUCUGUGAGGCAAAAUGAAGACACGUGGACCACAAUAAUGGUUCUGGAUCGCGUUCUUUGAAAGCAUGUUGUUCAGAUUCGGUGUCAUUCUCACUCCGGAGUCUUCGGACGUCGAGGUUUUCGUGUUGGGUUCGCGUGCAGAAAUGGGUCAGUGGGAUCCGAACAGAGCGGUCCGGAUGCAGGCCUCACAAAGAGUCCUGUCGCCGCACGAACCGGGUCUGUGGAUCGCCGACGUGCAGCUGUCAGAACCCGUCCGAGACCCGCUGUGGUUCAAGUUCCUCAAGCGUCUCAGAGGGGAUUUUAUCUGGGAAGGCAAUGGGCCCAGUCACGACCGGUGUUGUUCAUAUGAUGACAGAAAUGCCGUGGAUGGAGUUUACUGCCACCCAAUUGGUCACUGGAUCGAAAAAACAGGACAAACAGACGAGAUGAGACACACCACCAACUUUUACUUUGGUGUGGCCGAUUUGAAAGCCAUGCAUUUUUCCAGGGUGCUGCCGCGGAUUUGGCUGGGCAGUUGCCCUCGACAGGUGGAACACGUGACCGUCAAACUAAAAUACGAACUGGGCGUUACUGCAGUGAUGAACUUUCAGACAGAGUUGGAUCUGGUGAACAACUCGUACGGUUGCAGGCGUAACCCUGAGGAAACCAUGACCCCUGACACCAUGAUGUAUUUGUACAGAGACUACGGCCUGGUGUACGUUUGGAUGCCCACACCAGACAUGAGCACUGAGGGUCGGAUCAGGAUGCUUCCCCAGGCGGUGUUCCUGCUUCACGGCCUCCUGGAGAAUGGCCACACAGUCUACGUCCACUGUAACGCCGGAGUGGGCAGGUCCACGGCGGCGGUGUGUGGCCUGCUGAUGUACGUCCUCGGCUGGAGUCUGAGGAAGGUGCAGUACUAUGUUGUGGCCAGGAGGGCGGCGGUGUACAUUGAUGAGGAAGCUUUAGUCAAAGCUCAGGCAGACUUCAUCCAAAAGUUUGGACAGCUACGGUCAUCCACCUCAUACCCAGAAACAUAACAUUUUUUUUUUUAAGCGCUUGAAAGAAUUGACAUUGAAUGUAG